AGUCGAGCCGAGCGAUGCAUGAACACUGACACAUUUGACAUUUGAUUAACGCGUUGUUCGGGCUGCUUUUCAGGCACUCGAACGCCAUCUGUAUCUCAUUUUGGGCAAUUCAACCAACUGAAAUGUAAGACAUUCGGUUGACAUUUCUCUCGUCAUAUUAAGUUUGCUGUAUCAUCUGUUGGGUUUUUUGUUUGCAAUCGAAUUUGCUUUGAAUCUAAAGUAGAAAAUCAAAUUGGAUUUUUUCAGUCAUUUUGAAAUUUUCAAACCAAUUGUUUUUUUAUGAAGAUAGAUUCAAGCAAAAACCAUGUUUAGUGGUGGAUUAGCGUUCCUGAAUAAAGAAGACAAUGAUUUUGAUCACUUCCUUGUUGGUGCCGCCUCGAAUGAAAAAUCUAAUUUGGCCGACAUAUUCGAAGCGGAUGAAUUAGAAACACCGAACGAAGUGAAUCCAACGUUAAAAUACAUUCCACCAAAAUCAAAGCAACCACUGAAAACGACAGAAAAACCGACAUGGAAUGUGGUGAUUGCAAAAAUCGUUGGCGCAUUCAAAUUGGUGAACUAUGCAAAUACGUCGCUCGGGCAACUUGGUUUGGCCUUGUUGAAAAAUUCAACUGAUGACACUUCAAAGUUGAUUCUUUACAAGACGAAAGAACACAUUUUGUCGACGCUUUUGUUAAACAAGUCGUCACAAGUGUACUGGAAGCCGCCAUAUUUUCAAUACCACGAUGAUUUAAAUGGGUUUUACAGUUUACUUUUUGGUUCUGAUACCGAUUCCAAUGACUUUUUCGCAAAGUUGGAAGAAGCGUGUACUAUUGAUCGGGCAAAUAUAGUAAAACCCGACGCGGAUGACACAAAGGAAAAGGCAAUUGAAUCACAAAAGUUACAACAAAUAAACUCCAAAGUAACCGAAACGGCUGAACUACAAACCGAUAAUAACGAUAAGGUUGAUGGAACCAACACAACUAGCCAUUCAAGUGCCAAGACAAAAAGCGAUGUUGUGUAUCGUGUAGCUAAGAUUGGGCAUCAGCUUCCAAAAAUCAAGCCGGUAGCAGAUGACGACAGCGACUCAACUUCCUUUUCAGAUACGGAGAAAAUUCCCAAUAUGCUACCGAUCAAACCACCUUACAACAUCUCAGAAAAGCCGGCCGCAUUGGCACCAACUCAAAUUCCACCAAAGCCUGCAAAUAUCUCAGUGGCUCUACAGCCAUCAUUUUGGUCGCCAUCACCAUCAUCAUCCACAUUCGACUUGAACACUUUUGCCGCCGAAAAUCGAAUUCAACACACUGAAGUUCGAAUGAACAUAUCGAAGCUGGACUCAAAACUUGAUCGAGUUCUUGAUAACAUUGAACGUCUACGCUUAAAUUCAUUGAAUCCUGCCGAUGCUCCUGAUAAUAAAGAAGAAGAAAUCAUAAAGUUGGAAGAGAAAGUACUGGAACUGAAGAAAGAGAAUCGUUUGCUGAAACUACAGUUGACGGAAAAAGAUCAGGCGAAAAAAGACACGAAUGAUAAAGAGAAGGAGGAGUUGUUGGCAUUACAACAGAGCAACGAUGAGAAGGAGCUCAAAAUCAUCGAACUAACGGGCAAAUUAGAAGAAGUAGAACAUACUCUCACUACUGACAUCGAAGCCAAGGAGAAGGAAAAAGUUGCGCUCACGGAAAAGUACACAAUUGAAAUGGGAAAUUUACGUGAAGAACUUGAAAAGAAACGGGCUGAGUUGGACGAAGCACAACAACAACAGCAACAGCAACAACAAGAGCAACAGCAACAGCAACAGCAGCAACAGCAACAACAACCAACAAGCAAUAAAACUGGCAAUGCAAACAAUGGCGAAAUGAUUCGGGGCAUAAUGAAUCAAUUCUACGUCAAAUUAUACCAAAGUAUUGAAGGAAAAGAAACAAUGAAGUCGUCUGAUAUACUGAAACUAACGGCGGAAAUCAUUCGAAAAGAAACAAAGGCUGCGUUAAACUCGAAUUGAUUAUUAUCGUUGUGAACGGCUGUUUAUUCCAUUUCGAAUUAAUAUUAAGUUAAGUUUAUCAUUUGCGAUUAAAUUUUACCGUUACAUUUUUUAAAAAAA